AUGUCACACUCCACAAUGAAAGCAGCAGUAAUCUACGAAGCAGGCGGCCCCUCAGCCCUCAAGCUCGAACAAAAACCCACACCCACCCCUCAACCAGGCAACGUCCUCAUCAAGAUCCAUGCGUUCGGCUUGAAUCGUUCCGAACUCUUCACUCGUCAAGGACACUCUCCCAACGUCAAAUUCCCUCGAGUUCUAGGUAUCGAAUGUGUUGGUACUGUAGCUUCAUGCCCGGGCAAUGAAUUCAAGGAGGGCGAUGUGGUGGCUACUUGCAUGGGGGGACUGGGGAGGGAAUUCGAUGGCGGGUAUGCGGAGUAUAGUUCUGUGCCUGUGAAGAAUGUUCAAGUUAUCAAGGGAGGAGUGGAGGGGUUGAGUGAUGGGGAGGGUCAUCAUGGGUGGGAGGUUCUGGGGGCUUGUCCCGAGAUGCUGCAGACGAGUUGGGGGAGUCUGUUCAAGAGUUUGAGGGUCAAGAGUGGGGAGAGAUUUCUGGUUAGGGGAGGGACGACUAGUGUUGGGUUGGCGGCUGCGAGUAUUGCGAAAAAUUAUGGAGCGUUUGUGGCGAGUUCGACGAGGAGGAAGGAUAGAGAGCAGAUGUUGAGGGAUGCGGGUGCGGAUGAGGUUGUCAUUGACGAUGGAAGUGUGAGCAAGAGUAUCGAGGAGAAGUAUGACAAAGUUCUCGAAUUGAUUGGGACAACGACGCUGGAGGAUAGUUUGCAGUGUGUCAAGGAGGGUGGGAGUGUUUGCAUGGUCGGAAUGGUGGGUGGAAAGUGGGAGAUGGAUAAGUUUAGUCCGAUGGGGUCGAUUCCGACGGCUGUCAACUUGACGACUUAUGCUGGUGGACCAGAGGACUUUAUGGCUACACCAUUGAAUGAGCUGGUGGGACAGAUUAGAGAUGGGAAGCUGAAGAUCAAGAUUGGCAAGGUCUUCAAAUUGGACGAGAUCGUGGAGGCGCACAAAGUGAUGGAAGAAAAUAGCGCUGGGGGGAAGAUUGUCGUCGUAACAUGA